UUAUUACUAACCGUUUUGUCGCUUUUGGUUAAUUUAGUAUAUGUAUAAAUUUUUCGUUUUUUAUCUUUUGAAAGCUAUUGAAAUUUCAAAAUAAAACAAUGAUUUUAUUUUAGCCUGAACGUGCACUAAAUCAAGUAUGGCGUGCACUAAGAAAAUUGCAAGACGGCCACUUGAAGUAUGGCAUCAAUUUAUGUGGAGAAUUUCGUAAACAUGAUCCAAGAAACAUUGGCUUUAUAUCUGAAUCCCUAUUUUUGGGUAUUAUGGAGCAAUUCAAAGGACGUUUGGGGAUAUCGGAUUUUGAAAUAAAUGAAAUUUGUGAUUAUUUCAAAUUGCGCGAUGGAAGAGUUGCUUACCAACAAAUGUCAAAAGCUGUGUAUAAUUCAUCUGAAUUAUAUCAGGCCAAAAAGGAUUUCUCAACGGGUUGUGAAUUGAAUGAUCCUUUUCAUGUAAAUGCAUUACCACUACAUGAACGUCACCGUAUAUUUGCCACGCUUAUAAAAGUUUCAACUUUAUGCAUGCUUCCACUAUCCCCAUAUUUUGAAGACUACUCUGUUAUAUCAAGAAAUAAAGGGACAAUCACUGUAUCUCAUUUUUUGCGUGUACUAUACUUCUUGAAAGUACAACUAUCGGAAGAAGAGGUUACUUUAAUACUUAAACGUUACAUGAGAGAUGGCUAUUUAGUUAAUUAUGUUGCUUUUAUCAAGCAUGUAGAAAACAUUUCGAAAUAUAUUAAAGAAAAUGAUUUAACAGAUCCAAAAGAGUUGAACUAUAAAUAUAUUCCCUCUGAAUUAGCAAAUAUGCAUUUAACAGAAAUGAAUAAAUCGAAUUAUACACACAUUCCUUCCAAAGUCUUUCCGAAUCCUUGUAAUCAUCCUAAGGAUAGAAACAUUUGCGAUACAAUAUUCUUUAUACAAGAGUACGUUUAUCAGAAAAGCAUAAGAGUACGUGAAUUCUUAGAGAUUUUUGAUUACAACCGAUCGGGUAAAAUUAGUGCUUCUCAAUUUGAACGUUUUUUAGGGACUAUACAACUUAGGAACUCACUGAACGAUAAUGAAAUUAAAGCACUUUGUAAACGUUAUGAAUGUCCACGAAAUAAAAAUUUUAUAAUGUGGCGGAAAUUUGAAAAUGAAAUUGACGAAGUUUUCACUAUAAAGAAUCUGGAUAAGUCACCAUUAACAGAAGUUACGACCCCAGCAAAGCAUAUAAAAAAUAGACCACGUAUAGGAUCACUCAAUUGGGAUAAAGCAAGUAAUUUGGCACGUUCACAAUGUGAAAACGCUGUAAAUCUAAUUCAAGUGUUCAUUCGAAAUCGACACAUUCACAUGCGACCCUACUUUCAAAGCUAUGAUAAACUUCACCACGGACAUGUGAACUGUUAUCAAUUAAAUAAAAUUUUAAAAAUAAUGAAUAUUGAUCUUUCAAACGAUGAACUAAAUGGUUUAUACGAUCGCUAUGGUGACGCCACAGGGUUUAAUUAUGUACAAUUCCUUGAAGACGUUGAUUGUGAAGAAGAUCAUGCCACAAACUUACCUCAACCUAGACAACUUCAUGCAAAAUGUGAUUUACCAGCUGAAAAAUUUCAAACGGAUGAAGAUUAUGGGGAACGCAUAAUGGAAAUUAUAUAUAAAAUCAAACGACAACUUCUCAGAAGAUUUAUAUCAAUUAUUGAUAUCUUAAGAGAUUAUGAUAGACACAACCGAAAUGAAAUUUUAGAUCUCGAUUUCCGUAGAGCGCUAAGUGGGGUUAAUGUGAACUUAUCGCCUCAUGAAUUCGAUAUCCUUUGUGAAACAUUUAAAUCGCCCCGUCAUCCUAAUUUUAUAUUAUAUCGGAAUUUUGGAGAAGUACUUAAUAAAGUAUCUGUAGUAAUUGAAACCGUAGCUGGGGAUAAGGUAACAACAACCUAUCCACUUUUACACUUUGCAAACCAAGAUUGUCAAAAGUGUUGGCUUAAUUAUGAUGAACGCACCCUUUGUUCCGAAGUUUUGAGAAAGCUGGCACGAAAACAUGAUAAUAUAUCAAAUUUAGGCUCACUCUUUCAAGAUUUUGAUAGAAGAAAUUGUGGGACAAUAACAAGAAAUCAAUUUCGACGUGCACUAACAACUCGAUACAUGCAUGUCGGAUUAAAUGAGCAAGAAUUCGAAGUCCUUUAUAAGUGCUUUGGAAUGAAUAAAGGCAUUCAUCAAGAAAUCAACUAUAGAGACUUUUUAAAAGUAAUUAAUACUUGCGCGGCCACCGGGCAAAUGAAAUUGUUUUAUUAGAAAAUAUAUUU